AUGGAGGAGACGAUAGUCAUGUGGGUAGUCCUGGGCACUAUUUUUGUGGAAGCCUGUCUUGACUUUUGCACUGUUAUGGUGAUGCUAUAGACUCCCGUGCACCAUGCCCGUAGUGCCGUAGAGGAGGAAUCUGAAGGUGAAUCUUGUGGGGUGGGCUUUGCCACAGCCUCCUGGCAAAAUAUCUAUGCGCAGAUGGACAACAACGCCAAAUGGGUGCUUGCUAGCGGUCGUAGCGUGGAAAAUGUCAUCUAUGAGGCUUGCAAGCUGAUGAACUCUCGCACACGUGAGUGGUCUCCUGCUCGAUUCUUCAUCCUGGAUAUAUUGGAUCCUGUGGUCAAGGGCUGGUUUAGGGAGAAUGAAUGGGCGGAGAUAACGGCAAGAUUAUCUCCCUUGCCAGAUCCUGAGAGCAUGUUACUCGAUUCAUUGAAACGAUUCCGUACCAUCGAGACAACAACUAUGCUCCGUGAGGUCCUUACGUCAGGUUUACUUCCUAAUGCCGCUACCUACGACCAAACCCUUCAUUCUAUUUUGCAAUGGGCCGAGAUGGUCAUUCGUAAAUAGUACGUAUUCCUGCCUUUCUUCCCCCCUUUGUUCUCUCCCUUGUACACGAUCCCUGCGUAGAGACAAUACUGAUACCCCACUCCAUUCCAACCAGUUUAAUGCUCCUCGAAGCACCCACCAAUCCACUUACGCGGCAACAUCAAGAAGGCUGGUACGGCUACAACAUCUGGUCUCACAUCCUCGACGACUGCUUCCUAGACCUCAAGGGCCUGACCGUCGAGCGCAAGGAAGUCCAUUGUCAGGCCUCCUCAGAGCGCAAGAACCGCCACAGGGAGAGCCCUACAGAAAGGAGGAGAGUCGGGAACCGCCUUGAUGGGAUUAUCCACACCUUAGAGGACCGCCCUCUUGAGUACGGCGGGAUGGAAGACGGGCCAACCUUCUCUGACGUGAAGAAUACGAAGUGGCUCUCUGACAAGUUCAAACUUGUUGAAAAUUUGCGGGACAUGCUCUCCAGGCUGCAUGAGGAAGUACAUUAUGACUCGAGAAUCACACGACUGGUAAAGGUUGUUGGGAUUUUAACGGGAGGGUUGCGGCUGCAGUAUUCUCUCUUAGGAUACCCGGGGGUUGGGUAUGUAUGUUUGCUCCAGAGUGGGGAGGUAAUGCAAGUACCAAUCACUGUCAAGGGGCUCCCGCUGCUGCUUGAUAUGCUGGCAGUUGUUUCGCAGCUGAAGCAGGUGAUCAAAUUGUCAUUUGAGGCGGUAGAGAACAGGUUUUUUGCCCAGAAGGAGGAUGCUUCUUGUGAUGGAUUGGUUGGCGGGAACGCCAUGAGGAGCCAGGCGAGGUUAGGUUGGGCGCCUUGCACCCCAUAAUGGGUGGGGAAAGGCAGGAUGAAUUACAUUUGCAAAGGCCGACUUGAAUGUUUUGGAACUAGGUUUGCAUCCCCUCCGCUCUAUGUUUAUACUGGUCUUGUAACUCUCUAUAUUGUCCCCGAGCAGCUAGGCCAUAAUGAAACACUCACGCAACCGAUUCCAUUAGGUAAUUUAGCUUCUAGAGUUGUUCCGCUGCCGAUUUGCCGGAUGCAAAAAUGUUGGUAGUAAGAGAACCAGAGAGUACGAUGCCGGAACUCGUUUCAAGAGCACCGCAUGCGACACGAUUCAUCACUGUCUUUUUUUGUUUUUUUUGGGCUAUUUGGAACUAAUGGGCGGUUAAAUUGCGAACGAAGUUUUCCUUAUGAGUUUUGUAUUUAGUUCUUUUGUGAAUUGGGUUGAAUAUGAAGUAUUGAACCAUGUAUUGAUAUAUUUCUUGUACCGCGCAUCGCGAUUUGCAUGACGCAGAAUUAGUUGGAAAGAGUGGUCGAAAUGACCGCUCCAUACUGGGAAGGCUGUCACUCAAUAUAGCACUCUUGCCGUCAGGAC